CUGACACACAGUGCUAAAAGUGGUUCGCAAAAUGUCCCUUGAUUCUGCUGCCAAUUUCCACCACUAGUGGCGCUAGUAGUUACCUGACGAGCUUGCGCGCGGUUAGCGAGGGCAGCGAGCGUGUCAGAAGUCUACCACUAGCGCCACGUAGAGGACCUAAAAAACGGGGACAAGACGCGUACAAUUUUUUACUAUACGAGCAGUGGUGAGUGUCAGGGGGCUACUCCUGGUCAAUCUCUCUGUAAGACUAUGGGUGAUGCACGUUUCAGUUACACAUACCUAUAAUAUAAUUUGGUGGUGAAGGCUCGCCGCGUGCCGCACGUGUUAACCUCACAUUUUGGUAACACGGUUUCCUGAGUGAACUGGUUUCACAGCAAAAAUGGUAAAGAAAAGUGUAAAAAGAAAGCGUAAGGAGAGUGAGAAGGGUAAAAAUGUUGAAACCGAAGAAGUGGUGAAGCUGCCGCCAUCGAAACGAUCGUCCGAUGAACCUGCGCCGAAAAAGACGAGAUGGAUAAACAAACAACGGGUGCUGGUAUUCGCAUCCCGGGGAAUCAACCACAGAGAUCGUCACCUAAUGGAAGAUAUUAAACGACUUAUGCCACACCAUCGCCCAGAGAGUAAAAUGGAACGAUCCAAAAAUUUGCAAGUUAUUAAUGAGAUGUGUGAAAUGAAAAAUUGCAACAAAGCCAUGCUUUUCGAGGGCCGCAAAAAAAGAGAUUUGUACAUGUGGUUGUCUAAUGUUCCAACUGGACCAUGUGCGAAAUUUCUUGUUGAAAAUGUUUAUACAAUGGCAGAGUUGAAAAUGACUGGAAAUUGUCUCAAAGGGUCAAGACCAUUGCUAUCUUUUGAUGAGAAUUUCAAUGAGAAACCUCAGUAUGGUGUCCUGAAAGAAUUAUUGACACAAAUAUUUGGAGUACCAAACCACCAUCCAAAAAGUCAACCGUUUUUUGACCAUAUUUACACAUUUAGUAUUUUAGAUAAUCGAAUAUGGUUUAGAAAUUUCCAAAUUUUAACGGAGGAUGGAGCACUAGCUGAAAUAGGCCCCAGAUUUGUUCUUAAUCCUGUGAAAAUUUUUACCAGCAGUUUUGGUGGUGAAACGCUUUGGAAUAAUCCGUGUUAUAUUUCUCCAGCUAAGUACCGUCAGUCAUUGACGAAAAAAGCAGCUGGUAAAUACAUGAACAGGAUAGAACAGAAAUUGAAUGCAGAAUCUAAUAAGCCGGCGGAAUCUUAUGCUUUGAACCCAUUAGAUGAGAUAUUCAAAGGGGAUCCCCUGGCUGCGGCAGAAAAAAUGGAAGAGUUACAAGAGCAAGGAAUUGACGAAUCUGCCAAAGUUGAAAAGAAAAAAUCCCUUAGAGUAAAGUUCGUUAAGAAAAAACCGAAAAAGCAUUUAGUGGGUAAGCAGAAUAAGAAGAAAAAAUCAAUAGUUGCCAAAAAAAUUAAAAAUUGAAUGAAUUUAUUGUACGAACUUCUGACGCACUGUGUUGUAAUAAAAUACAUGCAUAUAAAAUA